AUGGAGUUUUGUGCUCGAGAGGUGAAAGUGCAGGCACAUCGCCCUGAGGAUGUUGUGGCAUUGCUUUCUGCUUGGGGCAGGCUUCAGGCGCUGCAUGUGGGAGCCAUUGAGGAAACCAGCAGCGUUUUGAUGAAAGACGACGGCUCCGGCGUGCUCGAGAGCCUUGGUCCCACGGAUUUGCGAGAGGUCGUGGUGGCCUAUGCGCGCUCGCGCUGGGCAUGUCAGCCGAUGGUGAAAGCUGUGGGCGACCAAUUGAGUAUGCUGGAAGGAACUGAUUUGAGCUUGCUGCAGAUCUUGGCUCCUGUCUUGGUGGCCUUCUCCAGACUGCGCUGGCCCCACACCAGGCUCCAAGAGCGAACAUUGACCACUCUGCAGGACUUGGAGGAGACAACCCGACAUGUGGAGGGAGAGUUCGAACCCAUCAGUUUGUUGAAGGGAGACAUUGUGGUGGCGGAGACCUACAAACGGAUGAAGCAGGAAAGGAUGCAAGCAUCGGAGGAAAAGGAGCGCAAGAAACGCAGCGAGUGGCAAAAAGAACAGCAACAAAAACUCCUGGAAUUCUUGAAAAAACACCACUUCAACACCAAGGAUGUGAAUGGUGUGGGAGAGGUGAAGAAACGAUUCUUUGGAAUGAUGAGUUCAUACCAACGGCCACUGCAUAAGGCCGCAAAGGAGAAGAAUGUGGAAAUCAUUUUACUCCUUCUGCAAUACGGUGCAGAUCCCAUGAGCAAGGACAGCAAGGGAAAGACCGCCUACGACUACGUGGAGUCCUCGCCGCUGCGCGCACGCAUGAAAGCAGUGUAUGUGAAAAGCCGUGCCAACGGAGAGUCGACCCUUCCUGAGUGA